AUGGAGUUUGUCCUUCUGACAGAAAUUUUAAUGGAAUCAAAUCCUCUUGAUGAGAUCAAAGCGGCUAUUGCGAAAUAUCCGGUAGAUCACGUUUUCCGAAAGAAAUGCGAAAUGGCGGUUGCGGUAAGAGAAGAAAGACCAUUUGAUGCUAUUCGAAUUGCGGUUGAGUUGAAUAGAGGAAAUGCGGUGGCUGGAUUUAUAGCGGAGCAGAUAGAAAGAGCAUUUCAGUCUCGAAGCAGUUUGAAGGACUCAGACCGCGCAUAUUUUCUACAAAAGCUCCAAAGGCAAGCUGGGGAAAGAAGCAGGAAUUUGAAGGACUCUGACCACGCCUACAUUCGAGAAGAGUACAGUAGAAAUAACAGAAAACUCACUAUUAAUCAAAAAAGGGAAAUCGCGGAGCAUCUUGGAAUACACGAGUCGAAGGUUCAUAAAUAUGUGAACAAUUUGAGGGAUAUAUCGCGGAAACAACAAAAGAGAAAAGAGCAAGCUGAGAAGGAAAAACGAAAAGAAAGGGAACGGUUCAAGGGAUCCUGUCAAAGUAUGAGCCCAUUGAAGAACAACUCCUCAGAACUUUAG